CUCCUCACUCCAUACUCCCCCACUGCCACCGAAAAAAGCCGCCUCUAAUCCUCGCUUCCUUCCCUUCUACUCUUCUCCCACUCUCUUCGGCAUUAUUCCCUCGUUCCUUUUUCUUUGAGGUCGAUUCCUCUCUCUCUCGUUCUCUCUUUCUCUAUCGUCAAUGGAGUCUGGGUCGAGCUCGGAGGGCUUCGGGAAGGGGAAGGAAAGGCCGAAGGGGCGGCAGAAGCCGGGGCCAUGGCCGGCACAGAUCGAGCCAUUCGUGCCGCUGACGGAUCACAAUCCCAAGGAGCUGAAAUCCUGGGCCAAAAGGACUGGCUUCAACCCCAAUUUCUCCGGCGACACGACGGUGAGUAGCAUCGACGAGAGGGACCCCGAUGAAAGAACUGAAGCUCCGGUGGCCGCCGCCGCCCCCGCCGCUGGCGGAGGUGGACUGGAUUUGGAGAAGGGUCUCGGUCGCCGUGGAGAAGCGUUGACUAAAAGAGCUGAGAUCGAGCCGAUAUUGGGCACGAGAAGGACUCGGACUGAGAAUAGGGGAAUUGAAAUUAAUCCAGUGCCCAGAACCAAUGACGAUGUCGAGAAUCUGGAUUUUAAUGAUGAUGAAAGGAGGGUUGAGAAGGAUAAGAAGAGGAUUGGGGUUGAGCUGGUAGUGAGAUUGAAAGAUGAGAUGAGGAGAAUAAGGGAGGAGCAUCCGGUGAGAGCAAAUAAUGAUGGUUUGAAUGUUAAUGUCCGUGGGAAUGGGGGACCCGCAGUUGCUCCGGUGGCAGUUGAUGAAGAUUGGAAGAAGGAUGAGAAGAAAGGUGGGAGGGAAGUGGAAAUUGACAUGUUUUCCGAAUCUCCCGAGCCAGAGCAACCGUCGACUUACAGACCUGGAGGGCUUCGGUGUGGCAUUACAGAUAAUCCGGGUCUCGCGGCUCUUAUCUUUUAUGGUUUGCAACAUUAUUUAUCAUUGGCUGGUUCACUUGUGUUCAUUCCUUUGAUCAUAGUACCAGCCAUGGGUGGUACUGAUGAGGACACUGCUAAUGUCAUUUCCACAACAUUAUUAGUUUCUGGUGUUACGACAAUAUUGCAUACCUUUUUUGGUACUAGACUUCCACUCGUUCAAGGAAGCUCCUUUGUAUAUCUGGCCCCUGCUUUGGUGAUCAUAAACUCCGAAGAGUUCCGAAAUCUCAGUCAAAAUAAGUUUAAGCACAUAAUGAGGGAACUACAAGGGGCCAUAAUUGUUGGUUCAGUUUUUCAGACAAUCUUGGGAUACGGUGGCCUCAUGUCACUUCUUCUACGGUUAAUAAAUCCGGUGGUAGUUGCACCCACUGUUGCCACAAUAGGUUUGGCAUUUUUCAGCUAUGGAUUUCCGCAAGCUGGAACUUGUGUAGAGAUCAGCAUUCCCCUGAUUUUAUUAAUUCUUAUUUUCACUCUGUACCUUCGAAGAAUUUCCUUCUUUGGGAAUCAUGUAUUCCUUAUUUAUGCGGUUCCCCUAGGUGUUGUAAUUGUAUGGGCAUAUGCCUUCUUUCUGACAGCCGGUGGGGCUUUCAACUAUAAGGGCUGCAGCCCAAAUAUACCUAGUUCAAACAUCUUACUGGAUGCUUGCAGGAGACAUGUAGAUACUAUGAAGCAUUGCCGGACCGAUGUUUCUAAUGCAUUGAAAACUGCUGCUUGGGUCAGGGUUCCUUAUCCAUUCCAGUGGGGCUCCCCAACCUUCAAUUUCAAGACAUCUUUCAUUAUGGUCAUUGUAUCACUGGUCGCAUCAGUUGAUUCGGUUGGGUCCUAUCAUGCUACAUCCAUACAAGUCAACUUAAGGCCCCCGACACCUGGAAUUGUCAGCAGGGGAAUAGGCCUGGAGGGGGUUUCAAGUAUUCUGGCUGGACUCUGGGGUACAGGAACUGGAUCGACAACACUGACUGAAAAUAUACACACCGUUGAUGUUACUAAAAUGGCAAGCAGAAAAGCUUUGCAACUUGGAGCAGCCUUAUUGAUCCUCUUUUCCUUUGUAGGAAAAAUCGGUGCACUCCUUGCUUCUAUCCCACUUGCCUUGGCUGCUUCCGUUCUGUGCUUCACGUGGGCUCUGAUCGUAGCACUUGGCCUAUCAACUAUGCAAUAUACUCAAACUGCUAGCUCUAGGAACAUGAUCAUUGUUGGGUUUACCUUAUUCAUCUCUCUCUCCAUUCCUGCAUAUUUUCAACAGUAUGAACCCAGUUCUAGCCUCAUACUUCCCAGUUAUUUUGUACCUUAUGCGGCUGGAUCAAAUGGACCAGUCCAUACGGGCAGCAAAGGGCUAAACUUCGCAUUGAAUGCUCUCUUAUCUCUCAACAUGGUGGUUGCUCUCCUUGUGGCGUUUGUGCUCGACAACACAGUUCCUGGUAGCUGGCAGGAAAGAGGGGUUUAUAUCUGGUCAGAUUCUAGGGCACCAGACCUGGAUCCAUCUUUUCUAGGACCCUACCUGUUGCCAGAAAAAAUAAGGCGCUACUUUGGGUGGGCUAAGUGUGUUGGGUCAUAAUACAAUGUCAAGCCUAUGCCGCUGAUCAUGUGUUGGCUGUAUUUAUGUUGUUCAGUGUUGCAACAUUCUCUUCAUUCUUAAGAUAAUUUCGCUAAAGAGGCUAUUUAUUUGUUUAUUUAUUUUGGUUACACUUUUGCGUUCGCCUUUUUAUACAGAAGCUUCAGAAGAUUCACGUUGGUUUUUAUGCCACACUGAGGAGUUCUGUCUGCAGCUUUUGAUCAACAUUGUGCUGCCAAUUAUGUAUAGAAUAAUUUGAUUUACGAUCAUUAAUAGCAGAUCAGAUAAUUGCCAUUUUGUC